AAAUACCCUCACGCGCCUUCUUCUAAAGCUGUCUUGUGAGUCUUCGUACGCUUCACUAUCAAGAAAAAGGGAAUUUUUUCUCGCAAUUGAUCCAAAUCGUGAAACCCUAAAAUUCGAAUCUCGUUACUAGUUUUGUCGAUCUCCGAAGAUGACGAAGGAUUUCGCAGUUCCACCUGUAGUUUUCCCAACCGGUGGAUCUUCAGGCGGUGCUAAUGUCCAGCAACGAAGAUUCGCACCGAUUCCGUUUCAACAGCCACCUCCUUCAUCUUCUUCCCAGAUCCCUUUCUUAUCAUUCAACAUGGGAUCCGCAGCCGCGUCAUCCGCUACACAAGCCGGACCAUUCGGCGGCACAAUCUCUUCAUCUUCCUCUUUUGGUGGUGGUUCGCCAUCGUUUGAAGACGAGGAGCCUCUGCUUGACGAGCUCGGUAUACAUCCAGAUCAAAUCUGGAAAAAGACUAGAUCGAUUCUAAAUCCGUUUCGGAUUAAUCAAACUGUUCAUAAGGAUUCAGAUCUAUCUGGUCCAAUCUUUCUAUACCUCGCGCUUUGUUUGUUUCAGUUGUUAGCUGGUAAGAUCCAGUUCGGUGUUAUACUUGGAUGGAUCGUCGUCUCGUCUAUCUUCUUGUACGUUGUGUUCAACAUGCUUGCUGGUCGAAACGGGAACCUUAAUCUCCAUACGUGUACGAGCUUGGUUGGUUACUGUUUGCUUCCGGUGGUGGUUUUAUCUGCGGUGUCGUUGUUUGUGCCGCAAGGAGCUGGGGUGGUUAAGUACGUGCUUGCGGGGGUGUUUGUUUUGUGGUCAACUAGGGCUUGUUCUACUUUGGUGGUUUCACUCGCUGAUGGUGGUGAAGAGCAUCGUGGCUUGAUCGCGUACGCUUGUUUCUUGAUCUAUACUUUAUUCUCUCUUCUUGUUAUAUUUUGAAUGUCCUCUGCAAGUAGCAAAAAAAAAUUGCUACAAGUUCUUUGAUGUGAGGUUGAUGAAUUGGGUGGGAAUAGCAGCGAAGGUGUAAAGGCUUUUUUUUUUUUUUGGGGAUAAAUUUAGAAAGAUGUUUAAGAAGAAAUUUGAUUCAAUGUUUGUGUAUCUUUUCACUUGAUCUACGAGGUGUUUACUUAAGAAUUAUUUUAUACGAUUCCAUUGAUGUGUUUGUUCA